UGUCGGCCAGCAGGAUGCUGGAGAUCCAGCUAGACGAUGGCGGCGUGGGGGGGUACCCGGGCGAUGAUUACUGCUCGGGGUCGGUGAUGUCGGAGCGGGUCUCGGGCCUCGCCAACAGCAUCUACCGAGAGUUCGAGCGGCUGAUUCACUGCUACGACGAGGAGGUGGUGAAGGAGCUGAUGCCGCUGGUGGUGACGGUGCUGGAGAACCUAGACUCGGUGCUCACCGACAACCAGGAGCACGAGGUGGAGCUGGAGCUGCUGCGGGAGGACAACGAGCAGCUGCUCACGCAGUACGAGCGGGAGAAGGCGCUGCGCAAGCAGGCCGAGGAGAAGUUCAUAGAGUUUGAAGAUGCACUGGAACAGGAGAAGAAAGAAUUACAAAUCCAAGUGGAACACCUUGAAUUUCAGACUCGACAGCUGGAGCUGAAGACCAAAAACUAUGCAGACCAGAUUUCUCGACUGGAAGAACGUGAAUCAGAAAUGAAGAAGGAAUAUAAUGCUCUACAUCAGCGUCACACAGAGAUGAUCCAGACCUAUGUGGAACACAUUGAGCGAUCUAAGAUGCAGCAAGUUGGGGGAAAUAACCAAACUGAGGGCAGUGUACCUGGGAGAAGCAGAAAGGAACGUCCCAACUCCCUGAAUGUCUUCCCCCUCGCUGAUGGCAUGGUACGUGGGCAGAUAGGGGCCAAGAUCAUCCCAGCACUGGACCACUGGUGCCUGAGUGACCUCGGCCAGCUGCAGUCCAACUCCAGCUACAAGUGCCCGCAAGACGAAAUGUCUGAAUCUGGGCAGUCCUCAGCAGCUGCCACACCAAGCACCACGGGAACCAAGUCUAACACUCCCACGUCAUCUGUGCCCUCUGCUGCUGUCACCCCUCUGAAUGAGAGCAUCCAGCCCAUCAGCGAGUACACCAAUGGCACCAGCAAGAGCAAUAAGAGGGCACGGGAAAAGCGGAACAGCCGGAACAUGGAAGUCCAGGUCACACAGGAGAUGAGAAAUGUCAGCAUAGGAAUGGGCAGCAGCGAUGAAUGGUCUGAUGUGCAGGACAUCAUUGAUUCUACCCCAGAGCUGGAUAUGUGCCAGGACCCUCGCCUGGAGCGUGCGGGUAGCAGCCCAACACAGGGGAUUGUGAACAAAGCAUUUGGCAUCAACACAGACUCCCUGUACCAUGAACUUUCCACAGCGGGGUCUGAGGUCAUUGGAGAUGUUGAUGAAGGAGCAGAUCUGCUAGGGGAGUUCUCAGUACGGGAUGAUUUCUUUGGAAUGGGCAAAGAAGUGGGCAAUCUGCUGUUGGAGAACUCUCAGCUGCUGGAGACCAAAAAUGCUUUGAACGUUGUGAAGAAUGAUUUGAUUGCCAAGGUGGACCAGCUGUCUGGGGAGCAGGAGGUGCUGAAGGGAGAACUGGAGGCAACAAAGCAGGCCAAAGCCAAAAUAGAAACCAGAGUCAAGGAGCUGGAGGAAGAGCUAAAGAGAGUGAAAUCUGAAGCAAUUGUUGCUCGACGAGAGCCCAAAGAGGAGGUGGAGGAUGUAAGCAGCUAUCUCUGUACAGAAUUGGACAACAUUCCCAUUGCCCAGCGCCGGCGCUUCACCCGUGUGGAGAUGGCACGGGUCCUGAUGGAACGCAACCAGUACAAGGAGAGGCUGAUGGAGCUCCAGGAGGCUGUCAGGUGGACAGAGAUGAUCAGAGCUUCCCGUGAGCACCCAUCUGUCCAGGAGAAGAAGAAAUCUACCAUUUGGCAGUUCUUCAGCCGCCUGUUCAGCUCUUCCUCCAGUCCUCCCCCAGCAAAGAGGACCUACCCCUCUGUGAAUAUCCACUACAAGUCUCCCACCACGGCGGGGUUCAGCCAGCGGCGCAGCCACACCAUGUGCCAGAUCUCCUCCGGCAGCCGUACUCUUGAGUUCUUCCCUGAUGAUGACUGCACGUCCUCAGCACGCCGCGAGCAGAAGCGAGAGCAGUACCGGCAGGUCCGGGAGCACGUGCGCAAUGAUGAUGGGCGGCUGCAGGCCUGUGGCUGGAGCCUCCCAGCCAAGUACAAGCAGCUGAGUCCCAAUGGUGGUCAGGAAGACACUCGCAUGAAAAAUGUCCCUGUGCCUGUGUAUUGCCGCCCACUAGUAGAGAAGGACCCAACUAUGAAGCUGUGGUGUGCAGCUGGAGUCAAUCUCUCAGGGUGGAGACCUUUGGAACAGGAGCCUGGGAGUGGGCAGAAACUAGAUCCUGGGCAUGAUCCCCUCACCUGUGAUAGGGAAGUGGAAGGCGAGAACAACAAAAGUAACCAUACAUCUCCUGAGAAAAAAAAGGCAAAGGAGCUCCAUGAAAUGGAUGCGACAUCCAGCCGUGUCUGGAUCCUCACUAGCACACUGUCAACCAGUAAAGUUGUGAUCAUUGAUGCCAACCAACCUGGCACAGUGGUGGACCAGUUCACUGUCUGCAAUGCUCAUGUGCUCUGCAUCUCCAGCAUCCCUGCGGCCAGUGAGAGUGACUAUCCCCCAGGCGAGAUAUUCUUGGAGGGGGAUGUGAAUCCCGAAGAGUCAGCUGGAGCAGAUGGUGUCUUGGCAGGGAUCACAUUGGUGGGCUGUGCAACCCGCUGCAAUGUGCCACGAAGCAACUGUUCCUCACGUGGGGAGACACCUGUUCUGGACAAGGGGCAGAGUGAGGUGGCUCCCGUCUGCAAUGGGAAGAUCAACCAGUCUCAGUCUACUGAGGAGGCAACAGAGGCUACAGAGGUCCCGGAGAGCAGUGCCAGCGAGGCAGAGCCAGUGCAGGCCCGGCCUGGGCCCCUCACUGAGCAUGUAUUCACAGACCCUGUCCCAGCCCAGGCACCCAGGCAGAACGGGGAGAACGGGCAGCUGAAGAUGGAGCCCAACACAACACUGCCAGAUCAGGAGUCAAACAAGGAUGCUGGCACCUGCACCAGUGCUGCCCCCACCAUGUGGCUGGGAGCUCAAAACGGCUGGCUUUAUGUGCACUCAGCUGUGUCCAACUGGAAGAAGUGUCUGCACUCAAUAAAGCUGAAGGACUCUGUGCUGAGUCUGGUGCAUGUGAAAGGGAGGGUCCUGGUUGCUCUGGCAGAUGGAACACUAGCCAUAUUCCAUCGGGGAGAAGAUGGUCAGUGGGAUCUCAGUAAUUACCACCUGAUGGAUCUUGGCCACACUCACCACUCCAUCCGUUGCAUGGCUGUGGUCUACGAUAAAGUCUGGUGUGGCUACAAGAACAAAAUCCAUGUUAUCCAGCCAAAGACGAUGCAGAUUGAGAAAUCCUUUGAUGCCCAUCCUCGUCGGGAGAGCCAGGUGCGACAGCUGGCAUGGAUUGGAGAUGGAGUGUGGGUUUCCAUCCGCCUGGACUCCACACUGAGGCUCUACCAUGCCCACAGCCAUCAACACCUGCAGGAUGUCGACAUUGAACCUUAUGUCAGCAAGAUGCUAGGCACUGGAAAGUUGGGCUUCUCCUUCGUGCGGAUCACAGCCCUGCUCAUUGCUGGCAACCGCCUUUGGGUGGGCACCGGGAAUGGUGUUGUCAUCUCCAUUCCCCUGACUGAGACUGUAGUCCUCCACCGUGGCCAACUCCUCGGGCUCCGGGCAAACAAGACUUCACCAACCUCUGGAGAGGGCAGUCGCUCUGGUGGGGUCAUCCACGUGUAUGGUGAUGACAGCAGUGACAAAUCUGCCAGCAGCUUCAUUCCCUACUGCUCCAUGGCUCAGGCACAGCUCUGUUUCCAUGGCCACCGUGAUGCUGUCAAGUUCUUCGUCUCUGUGCCUGGCAAUGUUCUUGCAACCCUGAACGGGAGUGUGUUGGACAGCCCUUCGGAGAACCCCAGCACAGCAGCCACUGAGACUGAGGGCCAGAAGCUAAAGAAUGUCCUGGUGCUGAGUGGAGGAGAAGGGUACAUUGAUUUCCGGAUUGGGGAUGGGGAAGAUGAUGAGAUGGAAGAGAAUGUAGGAGAUGCCACCCAGGUGAAGCCAGUACUUUCCAAGGCUGAACGGAGCCACAUUAUUGUGUGGCAGGUAUCAUACAUCCCUGAGUGAGAGUUCCUCUUUCCCCACAAUGUAAGUGUCCCACCUCCUGCCUGAAUGCCAUGAUGUACAUACAGAACGCCUGCAUAGUAACUCCUGCUGGAAACUGAUCCUGGACAACUGCAGCAGUUCCUGCCUUGGACUGUGACCCCCUUGAACCUCUGAACUCGCAGCUUUCAUCUCAGGCCUGUAUGCUUUUGGCGUGGUUAGGUUCUUGUUCUGCUCUGGAGCUGGCAUCUAAAAGGAGAAAUGGCAGUACACCAUUAAGUGAGCUUGGAGCCAAGACUGUGGGAAACCUUUGCCCAGUGUUGGGAGGGGCAGCUGAAGGAAGGUACCUCAGGUUCUUGGGCAGGUCACCUCACUCCCACCUGCAUGAGAAAGAAGUGUGUCCCCAGGCAUUCCCUGCCAAAGCAGUGAUGGUGAAUCAUUUCUGCAGCACCCCAGCAGAAAUCCUUCUAGUUCACCAGUAGACCUCCAUCUUAUCCUUAUACACCCUUAAGCACAGAAUAACAUCCUCUGGACUUCGAGCAACUAAGGGUCCAAGGAACCCUCCAAAGAGCAUCAUGCUUUCAGCAGCACUUCAAUUGUGGGGCUGGAGAAGGCAGCAGUACCCUUACUGUGGGGAUCAUCACAUCCUCUUAUCUUUGCAGGGGGAAAGUUCAUCCUCUGCUGCUGCUGUUGCCUCAGGAGUCACUGUUGCCCACCAAUGCUGAGUGCCUGCCAGUGUAUGUCCCAAGAGGUUUAGUGAGCUCAGAUGGGAGAUGGGUGUUUGAUUGUUAAGCCCAAACAGCUGUAGUAACAAAAGGGUACCAGAACAUUGUUUUUUUAAGACCAGAAAAGGCAACACUUUUAACUCUUCCUUCCAAAAAUAUCAUACAGAAAAGAAUUCCUGAGUUCAUUCUGAAAGGUUCAUGUGGUGGUUAUCUCUGCAUUGCAUUUGGUGGCUUUUUAAAGACAGGUGAGGGCAGGUGGUGUUGAUUUACUGUGAGUUCUGCAUUAACACAUUGAGACUGCCUCAUCUCAAGGCUGUGUCUCCUUUUUAUAACCUGCUGGAAGGAGAUCUCUUUUCACAAAGACUUGGAAGUUGAUUAGGAAACACUGGACAAGUGAGUCAAGGCUAUGUCUCACCUGAUAUCACACAGAAAAAUGAAUUGAGGCUAGACUACUGACAUCUUUUACUUCACAUCACAAGCACUGACUAUGCUAGUAAGUAGUUGGAAAAGCUGGAAAUUUCUGACUCCUGGAAAUAAUUGACAGCCCCCAGGAAAAGUGGUGAUAGCCCUUUCUGUCUAAGCAGUGCUGAGCGGUUGCAGAUGUGCAUUCUGCUUACAAAAGAAGCAGCAAAAAAUGGGGCCAGGGAGAGUGGCUUUGAGCUCAGGUUGCAGAACAUGGACGUUCCAGGUGUGUUUCUUGAACAUUAUUUUCUGGGUGGGCAGGACUAGGGCAAGUUGCAUUUUAGUGAUGAAUUUGGAAGCUCCUGGUGACCAUCUUGUUUCUUCCCUGACCUGUACAAGCACUCCAGGGUUCACGGAGAUGUCCUUGUGACAGUAUGGGGAUAGCUGGGCAAGCCUCCAUCUGGGGGAAGGCUCCCUGCUGUGUCCUUUGCUUGCUGCUGUGGACCAGCCUUGCAGGUCCUGGUGUGCUGCAGGGAUGCCAUAUUCCCAGGGGAUGCUCUGACAUGUGACAUCUCUUCUGAAACAGGAGCACUGAAACAAUUUUUGUAUUCAGAACAGUUCAGGAAAGGUUUGAGGCAUACAUUUGCCCUGCAAGAAGGCAGGAGACGUAUCUGGUGAACAGAGGCCUCAGCCAGCCACGGUGGUGCCCAUGCUACAUAUGAGCAGUGCUGGUGACAUGCACCCCCCACACUACUCCUCCCCAAGGCAGGAAUCUAGCCAGAGGGCAUCUUCCAGGCAUCUGCAUACUGGGCUCUGUGACUGGCAUGAGGUUAAGGGAUACUUGGAGCCAAUCUGCAGGUUGGGGGACCUUUCACCAGGGACAUUUUGCUGAGGCACUGCUGACCAGGCUUCUCAUUCACUUCCACCAUAUGCUUUCUGCUAGGAAUACUUCUUUGGAUCCCAAGACAGAGUACAUUGAAGUGAACAGUAUCAAACUUAGAGCACUGAUUCCACUGUCAUGUAACAGUUCAUCAGUUCGGGCCAGGCAAAUUUCAGAAUUUGGGCUAGUUGAAGGGAAAAAGAGCCCUAGUAGGGUUCAGUUCCUUAGCUCUAUCAGCUCUUUCAUAGCAAAGUCAGAAUUGCACCAUUUGUACUGCUGACUGUUCUGUAUCUGGUUUGAAAAGUUGAAGGGACAGCACUUGGUGUCCUGUCACCCACUGGGCCAUAAAAACACGAGGGAAUCUCCCAUCAGGUUACUUUGCAGCUCAAUACCAUAUUUUCCUCCAAGAGAAGCACAUGGCCCAGAGGGGCAGCUGAAGGGGGGAGACCCAGCCUCUGCUGAUAGUUCCUAUGGCCUUGGGUGGCUGCUGGGCAUCGAGGUGAGAACCGACUGGCUUCAGUACACUUCUCUGUCAUAUCUCCACUGUGACGUAUGUAAAGUAUCACAAAAGGAUUUUUAAAAGUGUCUUAAGGCCUGUAAACUCCGCUGUUUGGUCUGAAGAUGGCAUUCUGUAAAGAGCCUGUUGUAUGAAUACGUUCCCGUGCUUUGUCCCCUAUGCAAUCAACAACAAACUGUAUCUGUUCUGUAUGUAGUAAACAUGUUAA